AGUUUAAUUUAUAUUUAUUAUUAUACAACUAUUAUAUUACGUGUAAUGGCUAUCCUUCGACUCACCACCCGGUAUGUGGAUGUGAGACUUAUGACACAACUCGUUUGUUUCCGUUAUAGAUUGCAGGUCUGUCAAAUGUCAAAUUUUACAAGAAUCCGUAUAAUCACCUGACGUUUCCCUUAAUAAUAAUGCUCACCAAUUUAAAAUUUAAUUAUUCUUGGCUUUUAAUAGCUGUAGUUUUAUUAGCACUAUUGGAUUCAUUACAAGAAGCCAAUGCGGAUGACGUUCCUAAAUCAAAACUUAGUCAAAAUAUCGGCGGACCUACGAUGAAAUUCUUAUAUUGCUAUUCCUGUGGCUAUCGAAAAAUGUAUGAUGAAUAUGCGCAAAUUAUACAACAGAAGUACCCGUACAUGGCAGUAGAGGGUCAAAACUACGACCCACCAGGUCUUAAUAUGCUCUUAUCGCGUUUGAUUGGAAUCGCUAAGAUGCUAGUCAUUUGCUGUAUACUGGGCGGUGUAAAUAUUUUCCAGUAUAUUAAUCAACCGCAACCUUCGUGGUGGUCCUGGUGUAUUGAGAAUAAGAUAUACGCUUGUCUUAUGUUGUUCUUCUUUUGUAAUCUCAUAGAGGGACAGCUGAUACAGUCUGGUGCAUUCGAAAUAUCGUUAAAUGACGUACCUGUAUGGUCUAAACUAGAAACCGGUCGAAUACCUCAGCCUCCAGAGCUUUUCCAGAUAAUCGAUAGUCACAUGCAGUUCACUGAUAGAUCGGUUGAAUUUAAUAACGGUUUUGCAAAAUAAUGUUAAUGUUAUAUUUAUUAGGUUAUCGUUUGUAUUAUAAUUAUUUCUGGUUUUAUUUAGGUACGAUUGACAUUAUGUGAUUGAAUUAAUAAAUUCUUUUUUCUAUUAA